GAUAUGAUUGGUCAUGAUUGGAAAAAAGUGCAUCGACGUCCGCAUCAAACACCGCUGAUCCCCGUGCGAGAUGCGGAGAUGGGUUUGGCGUCAAAACUGAAAAGCCCAUAGUAGCGCCUUUAAAGUAUCAACAAAAUAUCCGUCUUUUGCGGUUUGCUCUUUAAUUUCCCAAAAAUAUCCAACAUACCCAAAAUAUCCCGUCUCUUUCCCCAGUCAGCGACGCCAAUGUCUAACACCGCCGCGACUGAUUCCCUACCCACGCCGACUCUAGAUGCCGAGGCUUCGGGCCUUCUCCAGACGAUCUCCUCUCACGGAGGAUAUGCAUAUGUCAGCAUGGCCACCGCGGCUGCUGCUGGCGACCUCCGUGCUGCUGAGGCUGCGAGGGAGAUGGCCUGGGAGCAGCUUCAUUCGGGGCCCUGGCAUUCUGUACUCCCUGUAUGGCGCGACGCCUAUUCGAUGGCGUGUCUCCAUGUGGCAAAGUUUUACUAUCCGAAUGGGGAGUUCAAGGAGGCUCUUAGGGUUCUUGACAUGGGGCUUAUCAUGGGAGGCAUGCUUUUCCGAAGUGAUUUGGACACUUCGGUGAAAACAGUGUCAGAAAGGGCGAGAAAAUGUGAUGGAAACGGCGAGGGUGCCCAGAAAUCCAGAAGGAAAUUGGUAAGAGAGGAGUUUGAUAAGGCGGAGGUAAGGUUCGUAUUCUCUCUCUUUUUUAGAUUCGCACUUCAUGUCUUACCCAUUAAGUCCCUUUCUUGUAAGAUUGUGGUGAAAAGGUCUGCUCUAUCUUUAGAGGGAUUUAUGCGUGAACAUUUCCUAUCAGGAUGUCCAGUUAUAAUCAGUGAUUGUAUGGCUCAUUGGCCAGCUACAACAAAGUGGAGCAUGGAUUAUCUAAAAAGGGUUGCUGGUGAUCGCACGGUUCCAGUUGAGGUUGGAAAAAACUACUUGUGCCCAGAAUGGAAGCAAGAACUUAUAACAUUUUCCCAGUUUCUUGAAAGGAUUCAAUCCAGUGAAUCCUCUUCCACCUUACGAACAUAUCUCGCCCAGCAUCCAUUGUUUGAUCAGAUAAGUGAGCUACGGAAAGACAUUUGCAUUCCUGAUUACUGUUUUGCUGGUGGUGGGGAGCUGAGGUCUCUUAAUGCUUGGUUUGGUCCAUCUGGGACAGUGACGCCACUACACCAUGAUCCACACCAUAAUAUUUUUUCUCAGGUCGUCGGCAAGAAGUACAUACGGCUGUACCCCGCUUCUGUAACAAAUGAACUUUACCCGUACACUGAAACCAUGCUGCAGAAUUCCAGCCAGGUUGACCUUGACAACAUAGACGAGGAGCAAUUUCCAGAGGUGCUCGAUUUGGAAUUCAUGGACUGCGUAUUAGAGGAAGGCGAAAUGCUUUACAUCCCACCGAAAUGGUGGCACUACGUGCGAUCUCUUACAACGAGUUUAUCGGUCAGCUUUUGGUGGAGCAAUUGCGAAAACUCGGAUGGGUCUUGACAUAUAGUUUCAUGUUCUUGAGGCUUUUCUUUUUUGAAUAGGGUCGAGGAGACGAGCAAUGGACUAUUUUCAGUAGCAGAUAUUCUUGUGUAGAUGAUGAGCAUUGUAGAUAGUUAGCCACUGAAUGUCAUAUUUAGAAUUUUAUAGUAAUUACACUGCAGGACUGUUGAUAU